AAUGAGAGCAAAUUGCCGUGGGUACAGUAUUUUGAUGCUGAUCAUGUUACUGACCCCUACCAUGGCCAGGUUUCUGAUCCUGAGGACUGCAAUGACAUUAUUCGUGAAUUCUGCUACCAGACAUCCACUACGUACUCUGUGACAAGAUGUACGAAGAAUUUUGGACAUUUUAGUCUUGAACUUAAUGGAGUUGAAGACCAUUUUGUUCGAUUCAAAGAUGAAGGAAAGGUUGCCCACCAGUGUGACAUUCCAUCAAAUGGUGCACCUUUUAUGAUAGUGGGCCUAAAACUGAUGGAAUGUCAUCAAGGCCCUCAGCACAGGACCAAAAAAACAAAAGACACCAAUCAAAGCCAGGUGGGAGAACAUGGCUAUAGCUUGCUGUCAAGCAGGAAGAGGCUGACAGGUACAAAAAAAAAAGGAUGUCCUGCGGCUAUAGUAAUGAGGGAAGUCAUUCAUUUCGACCAGUACAAGGUUCCACAGGAUACAAGGUACUGGCGUGAAGGUAUGUCAACAAAACUGAGAAAUGACCUUCAUUCAUCCUGCUAUGAGCAGGUUGAACAACGCAAAGUCAUAUAUAUAGAUCUCCCAAAGGAACACAAAAAUCACAUCCUGGGAAUGGCUGCUGAUUUAAAAUCCCCAAUUGAUGAAAGAGUUCUGAAGAAAAUUUGUAAGCUUGUAGAUGAAGGGGUCUAUAAUCCAAAAGAAAUGCAUCGACACCUUAAGAUCUACAUAAAAGAUCUCUUCAAAGACCGAGAGUUGCCCAGAGUCACAAAUCGGCGAUUUUAUCCAAGCAAAGAUGACCUCAGAAAAAUUAUAUAUCGGCAGAGGCGCAAAACAUUGCACAGCCUGAUUGACCAGGAAGACCUGGAAGAGAAAAUACGUGUGUGGCAAGAGGAGCGUCCAGAUGACAUGUGGACUUUCCGAAAGUCAUCAUUUGUGAAGCGUCCUGUCAUUGAAGAUGACUUUGAAGAGGAUGGUGGCUGCUUUGUUGUAAAUGAAGAUCAGUCUUUCCUAGUCAUUUACCAGUCUUCCUGGCAGAGAAGAUUGCUUUCACGGUAUGGAAAGGAGCUUGUGUAUCUGGAUGCCACAUACAGAACCACAAAGUAUGCAUUGCCAUUGUUUUUUCUGUGUGUUCAGACAAAUGAUGGCUUCUGUGUUGUUGGUGCUUUCAUCACAGAAAGAGAAGACUCCAUCUCAGUAGCAGAAGCUUUACAAGUCAUCAAGGAUAACAAUCCAAACUGGACCUGUAAAGGUUUCAUGAUAGAUUCCUCUGAGGUAGAAGCAAAUGCCAUUCAGAAUGUUUUCCCAGGUUCAAACAUCUUCAUAUGCGACUUUCAUAGAAAACAAGCCUGGCACAGAUGGUUGGUUGCCUCAAAGCAUGAUGUGACAAGUCAAGAUCAAACUUCAGAGUUAUUAAAUUCAGUGGCAGAGUCAUUUACUGAAGCUGAUUUCAACAAGAAUUUGAAGAACCUUCAUGACAGUGAAAUAUGGAAGAGUCAGCCAAAGCUUCGUCAAUAUAUCAAUGGGCAAUGGCUAGCCAAUGAUAAACACAAGAUGUGGGUGUGGGCCUAUAGAGGAGAUGGUCUCACUCUGGUUGUAAACACCAACAAUGGUGUUGAAGCACAGAACAAGGUGUUUAAGUAUGAAUACCUUGCAUCACUACCCAUGAAGACUGUGUCCAGUCUGAUGACCCUCCUUGUAGACGAUUUUUUCGUGGAUUCAUAUCGAAAAUAUCUUCAGAGCAAUGUUACCAUGUCAGCUGGUUGGAGGGAGCCAUCUGUCUCCAUUCCAAAAGAGCUCCACCACCGACCCAGGUACUUUGUACAGCACAUCAGGGAUGCCACACAAAAGUGUGCAGACAUCACUGCCAGCAUGAUCACCUCGGUGACAGAUACAGAGUUUCUAGUGCAGUCAGCUAGCCAUCAGUCACGUGUCUACAGAGUCAGUUUGGGUGGAGAAUCCAUUAUGCCAUCUUGUGAGUGCAGGGAAUUUAUGAAAACACAUCUUCCUUGCAAACAUUUCUGUGCUUUGAUGUGCCAUUUUGCAGGUGAUAUUACUUGGAACUCCUUGCCAGAAUUCUACAUAAACAACCCUCAUUUCAUCAUUGAUGAGGAUUGUGUAAACCUGACAGAGUUCCAAGAUACCCCUCAGGAAUCCCAAGGAAAUACCACACCAGCUCCAUGCCAGGCUAGAGAGGACAUAGAAGUCAAAGACCAGAAGCAUCCUCAUGGGCCUUCACUAGGGGAGUCUGCCAAGCGGGUCAGGGAGCUGCUGCAGUAUAUCCGUAACCUUUCCUACAUCGCAGAUUCUAUGGAGGUGAUGGAGGAAGUGAGGGAGCAGCUGUCAGCAAUAGCUGAUCAACUGAGACAGAAAUGUCCAGCUAGUGGAACUUUGCUUUUGGAGCAGCCUGCACCAGCCAAGAUCUUUACUAAAAAGAGAAAAUUUCCCAACAACAAAGAGUCUUUGAAACAGUUACCAACUAGGGCCAAGAGAAGACGUACUACCAAACACAAAUAUCAGACAGUAUAUGAUGAUUCUGGUGCUCUGUUUCAUUCAGUAAAGGAAUCCAUCAAAGAUGAAGCUAAGCCUUUGGAAAAAAAACACAAAAGGAAAAAGACCAGAAAGACAUUUAUCAGUGAUGUAAGAGGAUCUUCAGAAAAUGUACAAAAAAGUACUUCAAAAUCUCCCAAGUACUCCACUUCCAGGUUUGAAGUUUUGGAAAGAAUUCAAGGUUAG